UUGGCAAAGCUCACUUGCCAGGGAGUCAUCCGAUUCACCAUGGCGCCUUGCAAUCUGAUCACUGGUCGUCUGGUGCCCUUCGCUGAUACGGCGCUUAGCCCGGGGCAAGUGGCCCCCUUUUCCUGGUCAUGCUAGCCGACAGCAAUUUCUAGAUCUUUGCACCCCUAGUGGGUGCCCAAUGGGUUUGUGAAAGAGUUCGGUAGCGGAAUAUAAAAAGCCCAUGUGAUGACUGGGGAUGCCCGCCAGGGGUAACCGGGCAACGGGUUGAACCUCAGUUCAACUUGCUUCCAGGUGAAGUCGUUUUGUUCAAUCCACCAACCUCGAAACCCGUAUAUACAGUUCUUGAAGGAAAAUGGGCAAAAAGUGGGAGUGACACAUUCUACAUAAUGUGACAUAGCCCGUCGAGGACGGAUCCGAUGGAGCUUCCACAGCUCCCGGGGCGCAGCCCUUGCGAGUGGCUGAUUCUCCCGUUCUGCUUUGGGGCACCUGCCGACUACUCAUCAAACAAAUCCCCCCGCAGCCCUCCAGCUCGGGGCUCACGUCCAGAAGCUCACUUCAGUCUUCAUCUUUUCAGCACAAGUCGUGCCGUCAUGGCCCUCGAACCACACGGUCGCGCGGCCUCAAUACGAUCAAAGGCGUGGUCAAUCACCCAGGAGUCAAUUCCUCCCGACAGGGAAGAGCCGUUUUGGCUCAAAAUCAGACGCAGCAAGCAACAGAGGUACUACGAAGUGAAGAUAUCCGCCCGCGGAUUGAAAUGGGCCAACCUGCAACGAUACCUCCAGCUAGAGUUUGGCGAUGAGGCCAUCCUCAAGGACCAGCCUGAGAUGGUCAGUGAACAGAACGUGAAGGGGGUUCCCCGCCUUCACUACCCCUCUCUGUUGUUGUCUGUCUUGACCACUGGGACGACGACGCGUGGAACGAAGCUGCAGAUUUCAGCUAACCAGGUAACCGUGCUGCCUGCAGACGGUGCUCAAACAGGAUUACGUCGUCAUUCUUCCCAGAAAACUCAACACGGGAGAGAUCCAAGAUAUCGACUUAUUGAAGGGCAGGCAAGAGGACGUGGAUGAGUUCCUCAAUGACCUCGAACAGGAGAAGAAAGAACUCGAAGGCCUUGGCCCCAUUCCCGAGGACUUGGAGGCACGAGGCGAUUGAUGAAUGAGCAAUGAUAGUUGCCGAGAAUGUGAGAACCUGAGGUGG